AUGAGUGCGGCGGAGGGCGGCCAAGUUGUGGCGAGUUACAUUGCACUCCCCAAAGCCCCGCGGUCCGACUGGAAGGCAUCGGACUUUGAAAUGCUUCACAAAUUGGGGGGCGGCAACUACGGGGAUGUUUACUUGGCUUCCGUGCGGGACUGUAACUUUGUGUGCGCCAUCAAAAAACUUUCCAUCAAGAAACUGGCGGAAUUUGACAUUGUCGCGCAGCUCCGCCGGGAGAUCGAGAUUGCGUUUCACACCCGUCACAGGUAUCUGCUGCGUACGUAUGGGUACUUCUUCGACGACACAGACAUUUACCUCAUUCUAGAGCCCUGCAGCAAUGGGAUGCUGUACACAGAACUGAACCGGGUGAAGUGUUUUCCUCCUCCAACCGCAGCUCGCUACGUUGCACAGUUAGCCGAGGCGCUUCUUUACCUCCACCAGCAUCACAUUCUUCACCGCGACAUUAAGCCGGAAAAUAUUCUGCUCGAUCACAAUCAAAACAUUAAGUUGGCAGACUUUGGGUGGUCUGUGCACGACCCUCACAACCGCCGGAAGACGUCCUGCGGCACACCGGAGUAUUUCCCGCCGGAGAUUGUUGGGCGCCAGCCGUAUGACACGAGCGCAGACUUGUGGUGCCUCGGCAUCUUCUGCUACGAACUACUUGUGGGGAAGACGCCGUUUGUAAGCAAGGACACAGAGAACAUUUGUAAGAAGAUUCACGCAAUGCAGUACACCAUCCCCGACACAGUGCCACCGGAGGCGAAGGAAUUGAUUUCAAGUCUCUUGUUGCGUGACGGGGGUAAACGUCUUGCGUUGCACCGCGUGGUCAAUCACCCCUUUCUGCUUAAGUAUUACUAUCUUCCAAACGGCAUCCAGCCACCAAGAGGGAAGCGCAUGCGAGGUGCCGCGGACUUCUCGGGCGGAAAGGAGAACUAA